AGUCGGGCAGCUGGAGGCUGUACUGUGACAGAGGUCGAAGAGGGAGGAGAGGGAGGAGAGGGAGGAGAGGGAGGGCUGGGCCAGGAUGGAGUGGAAGUGUGCCUCCAGCACCAUUUAUAAACAUGGCCCCUUACACACCUAAGGGUCACUGUUUACAUCCAUCUAUGCAUGCCAUUCCUGCCUGUAUGUUUCUGCAGCCGUACAGUGCAGCUGAGCUGUAGAGGACUCAUCAGACAGACAGACACUCGCCCAACCACAAGCUUCUAUCCUUGGUCCUGACAGUGACGGCCUGAAAGCCUCGGCGUCUGAGCUGCGGAGACGAUCACAUCAGCGGGAAAUCCUUGCGGAUUUAAUCAUUCUUGUUUAGAUCUUCCAAACCCAGCUGCAACCAUUUCACCCCCGGCGGCCAUGUACAGCUCCAGCUACUCCCGGGCCAAGUUCGGCCUGGAGGCCAGAGAGCCGCUGCACAGACACAGAGGGAAGAGCUGCGGCUACUACAUGAGGAUCAUCUUCUUCUUCUCCUCCCUCAUCCAGUCGCUCAUCAUCGUCAGCCUGGUGCUCUUCCUCAUCUACGGACAGCCGGAGAAGUCAGCAGCAGAGAAGAGGGUCAAGGAGCUGGAGCUGAGCUUCAACCGGCUCAGUGAGAAACACAUCCAGCUGGGGAAGGAGAAAGGAGAUCUGGGAGCUCAGCUGGGAGCUCGCACAGCCGAGAAAGCUGAGCUGGAGAAGGAGAUGGCAAAGCUGAAGGCUGCUGCCAACAAAACAGAACAAGAGCUGAGAAAUAAGUUGGCGACCUGUGAGAAAGUGAGCGCCACAACACUUGCCAUGAUGACCCGCCGCCCCACCCCACCGAUCCAGCCUCCUCUGGUCACCACCAGCAGUGAAUUAAAGACUCUGCAGAGCCUCAACGCUCAGCAGAGAGCGAUGAUAAGUCUCAUCAAUUCAAACUUCACCCAGACGGUUCAGUAUCUGAGCCAGGAGAGGGACAACGCCCUCCGAGACCGAGACACCCUCCACCAGGACGGCAUCACCCUGCGCCGAGAGAACGUCAUGCUGAAGGAGCAGCUCGCCACCUACACCAGGAAGUGCAAAGAGGAUUUUGCACAUUCUUUGGACGGGAUCAAGAUGGUGACCAGGGACUUCCUGAACCGGAUCAACAACCUGUUUCCCCACCAGCUGACCUUUCACCUCACCUGUGACAGCCAGCAGGAGCAAAUGGAGAAGAUCAGAAACAGCUGCACCAACCUGUCCAGGGACGUGGAGAACAAGUUCCAGCUGUAUCUGGACAACGUUGGCAACAAGGUGGCUGAGAUUCAGGCGCUGUCCAGUCGACUGGAGGUGCAAAACUCACACGUGACUGCCAACCUGAAGCAGUGUGAACAGGAUCUCAGCGAGACGAUUGCCAAGAACGCCAAGCUGUUAGAGCUCAAGCAAAAGACCCACGACGACCAGAUGGAGAAAGUACUGCUGGCACAAAACCAACUGAGAGACCAACAGAAGCUGCAGGAAGAACGUUUGGCUCUGAAAGACAAAGAGGUUCAGAGGCUCCAGGGGAUGCUGUCCAGCCUUAAGCCCAGUCUUCCUAAACCUGCUGCCCUGCGAGCAGCUCCACAGCCGGACAGACAGACUGCACCCAACUGGCCUUCUGCUGGAGCACCUGGCAUCAGCAAAACUCUGACGGUGAGAUGAAACCCGUCCGUCCAUUAGCUCUUCCUGGAGGAGGAGGACCGACAGACACUGUGAUCAACAUUCAGAACGCACAUGUACAUACUCCCAACACCGCACACGUCGACAGAACACAACCUGUAAAUACUUUGCCUCCUUAUUAAAGGCAUAAAGCUACGGCUGUUGGACUUCUUUAGCUUAACUUGUAACUGAAGAUGCUUUCGUGUUGUAUUGCUGUGAAUUGCUGUCAGCGUCUUCAUACUUGGGUGAAUGUACAAAUUCCUGUGACGCUGGUGUAAAUACUUCCUCCUGUGUGCCACUCACUGUGGUUUGUGUGAAGACAGACACUAAAGAAUCUGCUCUUUCCUGUGGAAUUAAUAUUAAAUGAACAAAAGAAAAGCGACUCAGUCCUUCACGGUGUUGUCGUCCGUCUCUCUUGACUUGCUGGCAUUAAAAAUAAAACAGAGACUCAGACAGGACUUCAGGCAGCAGCUGCUCACUCGUCGGCUAUAAACAGACUUCUCCUAAAAUAGCUGCAUUUAAGUUUCCUCCUGAUUCACACAUCUAGAAAUUUACACAAAUUUCUGCUGAAGCCCAGAUGACAAUCCAGACCAGUCAUAAAUACAUCAUCAGUCUUUAGCCGUCCUGAACGCUAGAGGUCAAAAAAAAGAAGGAAGAAAUGUGACAUGAACUACACGGACGGCUUUUAUGGUUACUGAAAAAAAAGAAAGAAACCCUGACACUCGAUGAACUGCCAUUUUUAUGGUGUAUUUUACAAGUGUAGUAGCUAUUAUAUGGACCACUCUCCAGCUUUACUACUUCCCUUUCCUUCCCUCAGAACAAGGCAAUGGGCACAUACAUUUCUGUGGCUGGAAACAGCUGCUGUUGCUGUUUUCUUUUUUUUUAAUGAUUAUUGUAGAUCCAGUUUGGUACAGAAAAAGAAAAAACUGAACCAUUUGUUACGUAAAAGGUGACUCGUCAUGUUGAAAAUAUCACUUCAUGUGGUCUGAAAUGCUGUCAGCGUCUGACUGGAAGACUGUCUGGUUACCACUGUUUGUGUAAAUACUGUAUACUAAAUAAAGGAA